AUGAUAAUUCAAAAGUCUAGAUUGAAGUGGUUGAAUGAUGGGGAUUCUAAUAGCAAAUAUUUCCAUAGAAUUUUGAAGGAAAGGAGGAGGAGGAACCAUACUGGAUCCAUCAUUACUAAAAGGGGUGUAGUCAAUUCGGUUAGGGAGGUAAAAGAGGCGGUGAAGGAAAAUUUUGAAGACAAAUUUGUGGAGAAUUUCUUGGAAAGACCUUCGUUAGUGGGAUUUGAUUUUAAUUUUUUGAGUAUGGAAGAUAGUCAUUCCCUUGAGACUCCUUUUUUGGAGGAGGAAAUAAAGGAAGCGGUGUGGAGUUGUGACGGUUCGAAGAGUCUGGGACCGGAUGGUAUGUCUCUUCUUUUUAUUAAAAGUUGUUGGAACUAUAUUAAGAAGGAUGCCUUUGCUUUCUUAAAAUACUUUCAUUCCGGAGCGGUGUUAUCCAAAUCUAUUACUUCUUCUUUCCUCACACUAAUUCUGAAGGUUUCUAAUCCGUUGGGGUUGGAUGAUUAUAGGCCAAUAUGUUUGGGUAGGCAAAAGAUCGACGAAAUAUUAGUCGCAAAUGAAUUGGUUGACUAUGCUUUUAAAGAAGGGAAGGAGUGUCUUCUUUUUAAGGUAGAUUUCGAGAAAGCUUACGAUAAAGUUAAUUGGAAUUUCCUUAGAUUCAUGUUGAGGAAAUUGGGGUUUGGAGAUAUUUGGAUGAAAUGGAUGGAGGCCUUAUUCUUGACGACGGAAGGUUUAAAGCUUUUGGUGAAUAAGGCGGUUAGCAACGGUGAUUAUGCGGGUUGUAAUGUCAAUGGUAGGUGUUUCGUGGAUGUCCUUCAACUCGCCGAUGAUACUUUGAUGGUAGGGGAUGGUAGCUAG